AUGGCGCGGGGGCCGCGGGCGCUCCUGCUCGUGCUGGCGGCGCUGGCUCGACCUGGCUCCGGCUCCUGGGAGGCGGGCGGCGGGGGAUGGCGGCUGGGCGGGCCGGCGGCGGCGGCCGUGGCGGAAGAGGAGCGCUGCACCGUGGAGCGUCGGGCGGACCUCACCUACGCCGAGUUCAUGCAGCAGUACGCCUUCCUCAGGCCGGUCAUCCUGCAGGGGCUCACGGACAACUCGAGGUUCCGGGCCCUGUGUUCCCGAGAAAGGCUGCUGGCUUCUUUUGGGGACAAUGUAGUGAGGCUGAGCACUGCCAACACCUACUCCUACCGGAAAGUGGAUCUGCCCUUCCAGGAAUACGUUGAGCAGUUGCUACACCCUCAGGAUCCUGCCUCCCUGGGGAACGACACCUUGUACUUCUUUGGGGACAACAACUUCACUGAGUGGGCAUCGCUCUUUCGGCACUAUUCACCACCCCCGUUUCGUCUUCUGGGAACCACCCCUGCCUAUAGCUUUGGAAUCGCGGGAGCUGGCUCUGGGGUGCCCUUCCACUGGCAUGGGCCGGGGUUCUCGGAGGUCAUCUAUGGCCGCAAGCGUUGGUUCCUCUACCCACCUGAGAAGGCACCAGAGUUCCAUCCCAACAAAACUACACUGGCCUGGCUGCAGGACACAUACCCAGCCCUGACAUCAUCAGAGCGGCCCCUGGAGUGUACCAUCCGAGCUGGUGAGGUGCUGUACUUCCCUGACCGCUGGUGGCAUGCCACUCUCAACCUGGACACCAGUGUCUUCAUCUCAACCUUCCUUGGUUAGUCAGAGCAGGCAGCUGGUGAGCUUGUCAUACACCAGCACGUGCCCCUGUAGUGCUCACAGAUUUUAUUACAGAGACAGUGGCAGCAGCAGGGGCCUCAGCCCAGCCCACCCUCACCUGCUUUUCCUGCCCAGAAAGGGACAGGGGAGGCUCAUGGCCCAGCAAGGGCUAUGCUGAAAGAGGGAGCAGUCCAGAGCCCACCAGCAGAACUGAUGGGGAUGGGCCCAGAGACACAAACUAUGUACAGGUUCUGGGGCUUCUGCCUCAGGACCCUCUGGGGCGAGGUCCUCAGUAGUCCUCCACCCAGCCGUUCUCAGAGAUGAAUGCAUCGAUGACUUCCUUCAUGGCCAGGUUGGGGAUGAGCUGUUCCUGGGUCAGGGGGCUCCGAGUCACAGGGUCAAAAUGGCCCACACGCUGCAGUUACAACAGGGUCAGGGGGCUCAGUGUGCUGGAGCUGCGCCUCUAGCCCUGGUCCCCAGGCCCAUGGCCUUACCUGCAGAUGCUCCUCAAUGUCUUUGCGGUCAUAAGUGAUGCCACUUGGCGUGAUGCAGGGUUCCCGCAUCAGCUCAAAGCUGAUCUUUCCACACAGGUAGUCAGGGAUGUCUCGUUUCUGUAACAUAAGAGCAGUAUCAAAGAUAGGAAGAGACACUGUUCUAGUACCUUCGAUUCUCAGGCUUCAGGGAAUAGAUGCUCACCUUUCUCUUCUCGUCUACCUGAGAGAAGAGCUCAUCCAUGUCCGCCAUGUAUUUGUCCUGUGAAGAGUGGAGCAUGUGUGGGCCACGCGCAGGCACACAACCCAACAUCAGUCGGGGGUACCCUCUGUCUCACACACACACCCCAACACACACACAUGGGCCAGGGGCACCCUCACGUGCUUGGCCUCGAUGCAGGCUUGCUGGGCACGGACGUGGCCAUCAUCCUCAUCACCUUCGUGGUUCCGCUGACACUCCUCCAGCUCCCUAAGGGUUGACCAGGAGCUGGUCAAAACGGACCUGGGCAGAUGUCAGAGCCCACCCAGCCUUGGGCAUCUUCCCCCAGCUUCCUCUGUGCCACCUUAGCUUUCAAUAAACACCUGUGCUGGUGACUCAGUUUAA